AUGUUAAAGAUGCAACGAGAACUUCGAGCGGGUAUUGGAGUGUCCAACACGAAAACCGGGUCUUUUCAGUUCUACGGGCCCUCAUCUCACAUAUGCUUCAUCCAGAGGAUACAUCAGCGACUGAAGUCGCGCACACGUGAAACCCUACUUGAUCAACAGAACGGCCCCGUUCCGGAUGGGCUAGAGAAAUGGGGCAUACACCAUUUCUUAUUUGCUUGUGAAAGCGAAUUCUCCCCAUUCUCGGCCCCGGUCAGUAACGCGUGCUUGCCCAGAGAAACAGGAUAUGGCUUCAUCAACUCUUUCUUUCAUAUCAUUCACCCCCAAAUCCCGUUGCUUAAUCAGUCAGAGGUUACCCAGCUGUGGGACGGUGUCUGGGAGGCACCCACUCCGGGAAAACCAGGCAAAGGCAGAGAUGUUUUGUUCAUGGUUUUAGCACUUGGGGCUAAAAUAUCACCUCGUGGCUCAGAGCGUGCUGCAGAUUAUCUGGACAAAUGGGCUGAAUAUCUCUGGGCGCACUCCAACAACUAUAGCGCUCUCUUCCAAGAAUCGAGCCUCAAAGGCACGCAUUUCUUGUUGCUAAAGGCAAUGUUUGCGUUACAUUCCAUGAGACCAAAUGAUGUGUAUUUGUAUACGGGCCACGCAGCCCGUAGUGUUCUUACUCUUGGUCUCAAUCGGGGUCAGGUCGCCAACGGCAGCAGUCUAUCCAUGCAUCGUCUCCGCACAACCUUCUGGACAGUGUAUUCGCACGAAAGGAUGUCUGCUUUCUUUACCGGACGCCCAUCUAGCAUCUCGGAUCGCCAUAUCGACGUCGCCCACCUCGAAGAUUCUCCCCUCAUUGAUCAUGUCUCACUGAGUGGAAAUUCCUUGGAUAAAACGGCACCAAUCAUAAACUGUGCAUUUAUCCGAGCAACGGCGGAAAUUGCGAAGAUUGUCGAGACUGUGUCCACGGAUGUUUUCUCCCUCGCCAGCGUCUCGACGAACGGAUAUUCCGUCAAGACAGCAGAGACCAUCAACACAUGCGAUAAAGCAUUGAACGUCAUUUUAGGACAUCUACCGGAAUAUCUCCAAUUCCCUGAUCCCAAUCGCGCUAUUGGUAAGGACUGGCAGGAAAUUCAACGCACACACCUCGGCCUCACUUAUCAUUUGACAAAAUUGAUGAUGCAUCGACCAGCUCUCGUCCUUAUAACAUUGCACAGUCACUCAGGAGAGCAAUCUCCCAAUAUGCCGAGUCUACAAAAGUCAAUUGACACCGCCAUUUCCUCGGCCAAAUGCAUUGUCGAUUUGACUCAUCAAGCCAUCUCCACUCGCAUCCCGGUCAUCCAAAACGACGCUUCAAUUGCGAGCUUCAUCAUGUCCGCAUGUGUUACGCUACUAUACAACGUCAUAGAGCCGAGCGUAACUUCUACCUAUGCCAAGGAAAUUUUCAGUCACGUUGAGCGUGCCAUACAUUGUCUAGAUAAGAUGGAGCACGUUGGACCUACGACUGGUAAGGCACUGAGCGUGGAUGUGAUGAAAUGCGCCAAGGAUGCCUUGAUGUUAUCAAAUAGUGAUAUUCGUUUUGAUCACACGAUGAUUGAUGAAUUUCCCUGGCUAAAUUACGGCUCAGAGCCAAUCGACGAUCAAAACCUGACUGGUGAUGUUGAACAUCCCCUAAAUUUUGACGCGCAAAUGGCCGAAAUGCCUUCACAUGACGGUGAUCUCAACCCAAAUGUAAAUGACCUGAUACCUGCUGAUAUUUCCGGCAUGAAUGGUUUAUCGUAUUGGUUAAAUGGCAAUUUCUUCGAUUUUGGUAUCCCAGAAAAUCUCAAUUGA